UUAAAGUUUCUCUAGAAUGGGCUGCAACUCCUCAGAUUCAUCUCGACGACAGAAGCAAAGGACCAUGGAGCCUUACCUCCUGUUUGUCAACUGAUGACACAUGUGGAGAUCACUCAGCUCCCAAGAAGCUUUGCCUUAACGGAGUUUCUACAUCAUCAUCACCAUCAUCAUCAUCAUCAUCAUCAUCAAUAUUGUCAUCAUCACUACCACCAUCAGGAGCUGCGGCACCAGUAUCAUCUUUGCGCACUCCCCUGGGCUGUAAGCGCACGAGGCUGGCAGGCUUCGUAUAUCCAAGAAGAUGAACAUCCAAGUCCUGCCAGACCAUAAACUGUCAUCUGUUGCUCCCCUGAAACCGUACAACAAUGUGGAGAAGAAAGAAGUGGAAUUAAUCCUGGUCAAGGACCGGAAUGGUGUCCAAUAUACCAACUCCUCCAUCAUCCCCGCCUCGAACACCCACGGCUGCCCACCCGGCUCCGCUGAGGACGAGGACAGAGAGACUUGGGGCAAGAAGAUAGACUUUCUCCUCUCGGUCAUUGGUUUCGCGGUGGACUUGGCCAACGUAUGGAGAUUUCCUUAUUUAUGCUAUAAAAACGGAGGAGGUGCCUUUCUGAUUCCUUACACCCUUUUCCUCGUCAUUGCUGGGAUGCCUCUGUUUUACAUGGAGCUUGCCCUGGGUCAGUACAACAGAGAAGGGGCUGCCACUGUCUGGAAGAUAUGCCCUGUGUUUAAAGGUGUUGGCUACACCGUGAUCCUUAUUGCUUUGUAUGUGGGCUUCUACUACAAUGUCAUCAUAGCUUGGUCUCUGUACUACCUGUUCUCCUCAUUCACAAGUGAACUGCCCUGGCUCAAGUGUGGGAAUAUCUGGAACAGCAACAACUGUACUGAACGCCAGCUCCUCAAUGGGUCCUUUGUGAUGAAUGGAACAUCAUAUUCCAAGCAUAAGAUCACACCUGCAGCAGAGUUUUAUGAGCGCGGUGUUCUGCACCUCCAUGAGAGCAAAGGCAUACAGGACCUGGGUCUGCCGCGCUGGGAGCUCACCCUCUGCCUGGUGGUGGUGGUCUUUAUCCUCUACUUCAGCCUGUGGAAAGGAGUCAAGUCAUCUGGGAAGGUGGUGUACAUCACAGCCACCAUGCCCUACCUGGUACUGUUUGUGCUGCUCAUCAAUGGCAUCACUCUGCCAGGUGCCAUGGACGGUAUCAGGGCCUACCUACACAUCGACUUCAAACAGCUCAACAAUCCCUCGGUAUGGAUUGAGGCGGCAACUCAGAUAUUCUACUCACUCGGCGCAGGAUUUGGGGUUUUGAUCGCAUUUGCCAGCUAUAAUAAAUUUGAUAAUAACUGCUACAGGGAUGCCAUCCUGACCAGCACCAUCAACUGCGUCACCAGUUUCUUCUCAGGGUUUGCUAUUUUCUCUGUGCUGGGAUACAUGGCCGUCAAACAUGGUGUGGACAUUAAGGAUGUGGCCACUGAAGGGCCUGGACUGGUGUUUAUUAUCUACCCAGAGGCCAUCUCCACUCUCCCAGGCUCCACCUUCUGGGCCAUUGUGUUCUUCAUCAUGCUCCUAACACUGGGCAUCGACAGUUCUAUGGGUGGUAUGGAGGCUGUUAUCACUGGUCUCACUGAUGAUUUCCAAAUCCUAAAGAGGAACAGGAAGAUCUUCACAUUCGUCACGGCAUUUGGAACCUUCUUAAUUGCCUUGUUUUGCAUCACCAAUGGAGGGAUCUAUGUCCUGACAUUGUUAGACACCUAUGCUGCUGGAACCUCCAUUCUGUUCGGGGUGUUGAUAGAAGCUAUAGGGGUGUCCUGGUUCUAUGGUGUGGACAGAUUCAGUGAGGAUAUUGAGCGCAUGAUGGGCUUCAAGCCAGGCCUCUACUGGAGGCUGUGCUGGAAGUUUGUCAGUCCGGCCUUUUUGCUGUUUGUGGUGAUCGCCAGUAUUGUCACCUCUUCUGGUCUGAAGUACGAUGGCUACAUCUUUCCUCAGUGGUCCAGUGUGGUUGGUUGGGGAAUAGCAAUGUCAUCAAUGCUCUUUGUUCCUGCCUAUGCCAUCUACAAGUUCCUUACUGUAAAGGGAACAUUCAAAGAGAGGAUAGCUUACUGCAUCACACCUGAACAUGAACAUCACCUUGUGGCUGAAGGAAAUAUCAGGCAGUUCAAGUUAAAGCACUGGCUUGCCAUUUGACACCGCCCUAUUGCAACCUGACAUGCCAGGACAUUGAAGAAAUUGCU